AUGUCUGGUUCAAAGUCUUUCACCAUCUUGGCUUUCUGCCUAGCAACGAUCAUGAUCAGCAUAGUUGCACCAUCAGUCGAGGGUGCCCGUGCUUUCUUCGUGUUCGGGGAUUCACUUGUCGAUAAUGGUAAUAACAACUACUUGGUUACCUAUGCGCGGGCCGAUUCUCCUCCUUAUGGCAUUGACUAUCCGUCCCAUCGUCCCACUGGCCGUUUUUCUAACGGCUAUAACAUUCCUGAUCUCAUCAGCCAAUAUCUAGGCGCCGAGUCGACAUUGCCCUACUUGAGCCCCGAGUUAAGAGGGCAAAGACUUUUGGUUGGAGCAAAUUUCGCCUCCGCUGGAAUCGGAAUUUUAAAUGACACCGGGAUUCAGUUUGCAAACAUAAUAAGAAUCUUCAAGCAACUAGAGUUUUUCCAAGUUUACCAGAUGCGAGUUACUGCUCUCAUUGGAGCAGCAGAGACACAGAGGCUUGUGAAUGGGGCUCUCGUUCUUAUCACGCUUGGUGGCAAUGAUUUUGUCAACAAUUACUUUUAUACCCCCGUUUCUGCUCGAAGGCUUCAAUAUAAUCUCCAGGAUUUCUCGCGUUAUCUCAUUUCUGAAUAUAAGAAGAUUUUAACAAGGCUUCACGAAUUGGGAGCCCGAAGGGUCCUGGUCACAGGGACUGGACCAUUAGGUUGUGCUCCAGCAGAACUGGCGCAAAGGAGCCUUAAUGGCCAAUGUGCCGUGGAGCCACAACGGGCAUCCGCAAUAUUCAACCCCCUUCUCGUCCAAAUGAUUCGAGAUCUCAAUCAGGAAAUUGGCUCGGACGUGUUCAUUGCUGUCAACACAAUGGAAAUGCAAAAUGACUUCUUCAACAAUCCUCAAGCCCACGGUUUUAUCACCUCGAAGAUAGCAUGUUGCGGACAAGGGCCCUAUAACGGACUAGGAACUUGCACACCUGUAUCUAAUUUAUGCCCCAACAGGGAUUUAUAUGCAUUUUGGGAUGCAUUCCAUCCAUCAGAAAAAGCAAACAAGAUUCUUGUCCAAACAAUACUCAGUGGUUCUCAGAACUACAUGUUUCCUAUGAACCUAAGCACAAUCAUGGCCAUGGAUUCCAGGACCUAA